GAAUCGUCGGCUGGUUAACUAUCGUGAAGACGAGAGUGAUUAUGACGAAGACAUGAACUGUCUUAUGAUCUCGUCUAUCAAGAAGUUGAGCGAGCCUUGCUUGCGCCAAGUUUACGUCGACGGAAAACAGCUGGAAAUGGAGGUGGAUUGCGGAGCAGCAGUUUCUGUGAUUAAUUCGGUUGUUUACGAGAAGAAGUUUAAGCAUAUCCCUUUGAUGAAGUGCGACCGGAAGCUAGCCGUAAUCAACGGAAGUCGGCUGAACGUUGAGGGGCAGAUUUCCGUCGAGGUUGUUUUCAACGGCAUCAGGAGUAACGUCAAGCUGAUCGUGCUUCGUUGUAGCAGUGUGUUUGCACCUCUUCUCGGGCGAGACUGGCUGGAUGUGUUUACUCCGCGCUGGAGAGAUGCUUUUGGAAUCAGCGCUGGGAUCAAGCAGCUGGACGUUUUUCAAGAUCAUAUGGUCGAGAAGUUUAAGCGUGUCCGUUGGGGGCCGCGUUUACCUGGCCCACCGAAAUCAGAUUAAGGUAGCGCGUGGUGGCUACACCCGGGGCGGUCUGCUGGUGGCGUCGAGGUACGAGAGAAUGCAGAAUCGAAAGAGAAGCCGCGAAGAAGAAGAAGACGAUGCCGAUGAUGAAUUUUACGGGUUCGUCUCCGAUUCUUUCGUCUUCCACGAGCCGAUGGACGUCGACCAAGAAGGUUCUCGCGAGUUCGAUCCCCAGGAGGGUUCAUCAAGAACUAUAAGGUGCCCUGAGAAUUUGCAUUCAGAAGGUCAACAAGAUCAUUCGGAAUUCAAUCCGCGUAGAUCGAGCCGAUUGAAAAAGGCUAGGAAAGAUAGUCGUUUUGUUUAUUUCUAAAAAAAAGCAAUGUUAAAUUUCUUGUACAAAUAAUUGAUUGCAUUUUUAAUUGGUGUCUUUCAUUCAGAAUUAAAUAUCAGUGAAAUUUUGAAAUAUUAAUUGUAAUAAACUAUAACUCAAAAAGGGAAGAACUGUAAUAACAACCCUGCAAUGUCGACAUACAAGUCGACAAACCUUUUGUAAGCAAAGUCGAUAAGCUAGUGUGAGCAAUAAAACUCUGUCUCUUCUACUGCGAACCACCGA